CUUCGUUGAAGACUUCGCAGUCGCAUCUCUUUACCUACAGUGCAGCUUGUUUGUUGCCUGUGCCAUGUUCUGUUUUUCCCAUUGUUUUUUGUCGAGGCUUUGUUUGCCAGUAAAGGAUUAAGAUUAAGUACAAUAAAAUGCGUUUGCUAUCCACCGGACCUAAAAAUCCAGUAUUCACCAGAGGAGCUGGCCCUCACCGGCUGCAGUGUUGUUCGGCGAUGCAGCUCGAGCUGGUGCCCCCUUUUACGGUGCGACAUGGUGGAUUUGCUUUUCCGACGAAUAUGACCGGCACACGACUUUCGGUUGUAUUCAGAGCUACGAGCUGCGGCUCCAGAAUUCCUCGCGACCUUCGACGUUUUUGUUCACAACGCCGGGCCUUGCGAAGUAGAAUUGUCAUGACGGCGAACUACAAAAACAUCAAUCGCUCGUCCGCACGUCCUCCGGCCACAUUUUUUAACACGACACGGAGAACGUAUGCAACCGGGGGGACGAAUCCGAAUGACAACAAAAAACCAAGAGUGGAUCAUCAUGAUCAUGACCAGGAACCAGCCGCACCACCGCCCCCGCCACCACCCUCUCUUCUCCACCGAACCUUGCUAGUCUCCACCAGUACAGCCCUCUUCACGCCCCUGUUCAUCUUCGUCGGCGCCGGGAUCACUUGGUCGAGGUACCUUCCCACGACGUUUUUCGGGAAUUUGCUCAAGUUCUCCGCGGGGCUCUUCGGUUGCUUCGGCGCGUACAGUGUUCUGGUGAAGCACUUUGUGCCGUUUGUGUGCCACCACGGAGACCUUUUUUUGCCGAUCGCACUGGCGAACGGGGUCACGAGCGGUGUUUGGUACCUGCUGCUCGCGGAGUCGAAGCUGUUCGGAGGAGGAAGUUCUAAUACUUCUCUGCCGAUAGGACUAAAGAACUUCUUGGACAGAGCCACCAGCAGGUCCUCUCUGCUUCGAAAUUUUAUGCCCGAACAGAAAAUGACAAAUGCAGGCACAGUUUCUCAGGCAAACACAAACCCUUUCCUCGGCGCUGCAGUGGGUGGGCUAACCGCGAGUUCCGCGUUUUUACUCUAUCCGAAAUUCCUGGAGCUCUUUCUGCAACCCGAACUGCGUCACUUCAUCUUCCCCAACAACGGCGACACGGCGAUCGUGGCCGAUUUGUACAGCUACUUAUUAAUUCCGGUCGGGCUGCCCUGCGGAGUCUUCUCUGGCCUCGCGAUCCAGGAACUUUUAACAAGGGUAAUAUUGGCAACAUCUGUAAAAACUUCUACUGGGAAACAUACUAACGAACAAAAGACAAGUUCAAGUACGUCGCCCCCUGCUACUGCUAUCGCUUUGUCGCUCAACCUCCUGCUGCUGCUUUCCAGUUUUGUUUACUUCCAGAACGAAAAGCCUAGUUUAAGAGCUUUGAAAUGGGUGGUGCGGAUGGAUUGCGAGAGUGGGAAGCUGUAUAGCGAGAAUGUGCAAGACGAACACCAGCAGAACGAGUCGGAUCUGCACACGACCACGGACGAUUCUUCGCAAGCCGCCGAGAGCAAGUGGAAACGGGACACGUUCUCAGCGUUCAGAGAGGUGACAACCGCCAUCGUGCCGAGAAUUUUUUCGAAAAUCAAUUCUGGAAGCGGGACAGCAGCAGAACAAAGGUCCGUCUUCAAGGGGGAGUUGGAAGUUGUACGAAGCAACAGUAGAAUGACAAAUCACGAAGAACAAGUAGAACCACGGGGAGGAACAACAAAAACGCUUUUGAAACCAUUUUCGAGCUUGUCUCGAAUCGAAGACUACCAGCGGUUCCUCGCUCUCACCGACGCUUUAUUGCGGCUGAAGCUAUUGAAGAGAAAGGGGAACAACAAGCAGACAGACACUUCUGACAGCAAUGGAAAAUACCUCGUCGAAACCGCCGAACUGAAGCGGCUGCAAGAAUUUGUGAUGCAAUUUGACAAGAAUCUUGUGCUCACGACCGGGAGCAGGACAGGAAAAACUACUAUGCGAGAACUCGAGUUUAUCACGAGAAAAAAGUGUUACAGUUACACAUCUGUUGGAAUUUCAGCAUCACAAAUUUGCUCUGCACGGCAAAGAAAACUUGUAAUGCGCAGACUCUAAGGGAAAACUAAAACACGAAUGAAAUGACGCUGGCAAGCAUUUCCUGCAUGACAGAGGUUGUCUGUCUUGCUUGUCUCCCAUAAGAAUGUGUAACUGUAACACUUUUUUCUCAGGAUAGAGUUCGUCUCCUUGACAAGGGUUUUGCAGGAAACCGAUGAAUAUCCUGUGCAAAAGUAUCGUACUCGUAGUAAUUGCAAUCAUGCAUCACAAGUUCUCUUUCUGAAGGUAAAUCCGCAUGACAAAUUUAAUUUGCAAUGCUAAGUCAAUUUGUAAUGCAAUUCAUACUAGUACGAUACUUUUGCAAUUCAUAAUGAAACGCAGGACGAUGCUUUGGCAGUGUGGAACCUGAAAUCACUCCAGUCCCAGAUUUACAACAAGCAUUACAGAGGAGACCACGGGGAUAACAUGUCGAAAAUCAUCCGGUCGGAGUACAUCUACGACAACUUUCCCAGCGAUGGACUGCUUUGGAGCCUGUUGCUUUUCAUCACCGAACCGAUGGUGAGUACAACUAGUGCAGCUACAGUGGCGGGCGCAGAUAACGAAGGAAAUAACAAAGUAACAUUUUCAGAGAAUGAUAAUUCUGCGCUUUCCCUGCUAAUCGAAAAUUUUGAGAAGUUCCGAGAACGCGAAAAAGAAGUGCUGGAACAAGUGCAUUCAGAGAAGCAACUUCCUUCAUUUCAAAGAAUACAGGUGGAUAGUGCUGAAAUAGUUCCUGCUAACUCCUCUUCUUCGUUGGCAAAAAUGCCAUCGGCAACUACAAGUCGAU